UUCAUGGUGGCUAUGAAUUGCUUAGCAUAAUGACGAGUUGGAUUUUCUGCUCCAUCAUCACCUUGGUUCUUUUUGUUUCAAGCACUUUCUUCCUGGAAAUUGACCUUUCUAAAUUUACAAGCAAUACUCUACUGAAGACAAUUAUAAUCUUCAACAAGCAACAACUACAAUUCCCACUUAAUUGCACUGAUGGGAAAUCAGCAGCAACAUGCCCAUCAUACUACCCAACAAAAUUUGAGCUUGAUGAUGAAUCAUCAACUGCAUCAUGUCCAGAGUAUUUCAGAUGGAUCCAUGAAGAUCUUAAACCAUGGGAGAGAUCUGGAAUUACAAGGGAUAUUGUGGAAAGAGGGAAGAACAUUUCACAUUUUAGGCUUGUAAUUGUAAAUGGAAAAGCUUAUGUAGAAAAAUAUUCCAAAUCAUUUCAGACAAGGGAUGUGUUCACAAUAUGGGGAAUUUUACAACUUCUAAGAUUGUACCCAGGAAAGAUACCAGAUUUGGAGCUAAUGUUUCAAUGUGGGGACAAGACUGUGGUGAACAAAGGAAUUUUCCAAGGACCACCUGCCAUGUCACCUCCCCCUGUGUUCCAUUACUGUGGAGAUGAAAAUUCUUAUGACAUUGUGUUCCCUGAUUGGACCUUCUGGGGUUGGGCUGAGCUCAACAUAAGACCAUGGGAAGCAACAUUAUAUAAUAUCCAAGAAGGCAACAAGAUGAUCCAAUGGAAGGAUAGGAUACCCUAUGCAUUUUGGAAAGGCAACCCAGCAGUGUCUAAUAUUAGGAAAGAACUUGGCAAGUGCAAUGCCACAGACAAACAAGAUUGGAAUGCCAGAAUAUAUGGCAUACAAUGGCUGCAGGAGAAAGCAAGUAAUUUUGAGAACACAAAACUAGAAAAUCAAUGUACCUAUAGAUAUAAGAUCUAUGCAGAAGGAGCUACAUGGUCUGUUAGUGAAAAGUACAUAAUAGCAUGUGAUUCAAUGACUAUGUUCAUAGAGCCUAGGUAUUAUGAUUUCUUCACAAGAAACAUGUUACCUUUGAAGCACUACUGGCCUAUCAGCCCCAAAAAUAUGUGUGAAGAGAUUAAGUAUGCAGUGGACUGGGGAAAUGCUCACCUUGACAAUGCACAGGCGAUUGGCAAUGGAGGAACAAAUUACAUAGUAGAGAACUUAAAGAUGAAGCUUGUAUAUGAUUAUAUGUUUCAUCUAUUAAAUGGGUAUGCAAAGCUCUUGAAAUUCAAACCAACCAUACCAAAAGGAGCUAUUGAGAUUUGUUCUGAAAGUAUGGCAUGUUCCUUGCGUGGUGUAAGGAAGCAUUUUAUGGUUGAGUCUAUGGUGAAUUCACCAAGUGAUACACCUCCAUGUGCCAUGCCUCCUCCUUAUACAACUCAAUCUCUCAAAGAGUUUCUUAAGGAAAAGGAAAAUCUAAUUGAACAAGUAAAGAAAAGAGCAGUGAAUAAAGGCUAGUGUCGUAGUCUAUAUAUGUAGAGGAAUAGUUCACACACAUGCAAUAUUCUUCAUGCAUGCCACACUCUCAAUUAGUCCUAAAGCAACAAAUUCAGCUUAUCAAAAUGUAAUUGAAAUUCUUAAUCGGAAGAGUAGAAUUUUUUUUGUUAGUAAAGAGAUUUUAGUUACAUCUUGUAAAUUUGGAUUAUUGCACAAUAAAGAGCAAUGCUUU